AUGAAGUCGGUGUCGUAUCUUUCAUCCGAAUUUUUCACUUCACACGGUGUGCAGAUGACGAAGCCGCUCCGCGAUUGGUUGAACCGUGCCUCAUACCUGGCGAAAACCAGAACGACUGAGGCGGAUCGGUGCAAGUAUGAGAAGUGGGCUGUUGGGGUUGUGGAGGAUGCUCUGCGCGAACCGGGCGGAGUUGAAGGGAAGGACUGGGCGCAUAUGUCUCCUGUGAUGCCGAUGAAUGCAGUAGACAGAGAGCCCACCCUUCUUCGGGACGGCGGUGUUUCGGAUCAAGGAGGAAAUGGCGUCACGCAGCCGAGUGUGGAUCACCGCACCCUUUUGGUGACGGAGUCUACGAGGCGCGCCCCAACGGAGCUCCGCGCCUUUUUGGUUCAAGCGAUUUAUAUUACAGAUAUGGAGGUGGCGGCGGGGAAGAAGAGAUAUGAUACGGUGACCUUCAUGGAGUUGAUUCAGGCAGCGCAGGAGCUUCAGCGUGAGUACCAAGCGCAGAUGGAAGCUCAGCGUCGCAACACACACUCCUCAUCACGAGUAACACUGGCAGCGAGUUCCAGCGAGCCGGUGCAAGGGGGAUCCGCAUUGCCUGCCAAGGUCCCGAGGACACAUCUAGAGGGAGAAGAGAGAGGUCUGGAGAAGGAAAGACCAAGCAAGACGCGGCGCGGGGAAGUAAACUUGCAGCGGCUGGAUACUGGAACGUGGUCCACCUCAUUGGAGUCUGAGCGGACACGUGCCUUUUUUCGAGAAUUGGUUUCCUGCAAUACUUCGUCGCCGGCUUCGCGUCGCUUCAUUGGUACGUCACAAGAGCUCGAACGAGUGUAUUCCAGGUACGAGCCAACGCCGGAGGAUAUUCGUCCACGCAAUGUUCUUGUGAAGGCUCUGGAGUUUGUAAUUGCAAAGGCGAAGGAGAAGGAAAGUAAGGAGAAUUCGCUCGCCUCGGCACGUUACCUGAACGAACAAUUGAAAGGAUUAAGGCAGGAUCUUUGUGUGCAGGAUAUUGUAGAUGGAUUUGCUGUUGAAGUGUACGAAAGACACGCUCUUAUUUGUUUAGAGUUAGGAGACAUUGGGGAAUUUAACCAGUGCCAGGCCUCAUUGAAGAAGUUGUAUAAGGGGCUUCCUGAAGUCAGUGAAACUUCGGUUUCUGAUUUCUUUUGUUACCGUCUUGCGUACCUUUCCCUUGGCGGCCAGUAUGAUGCGUUGGCGACAGAGUUAAUAAAUUACACAAACACGGUUGCGAGAAGCGCAAAAGCGUGUAAAAGCGCAUCAUUACGAAUAAAGAAAAGUGAUGUGCGGUGGACAAUUAAGUUGUGUAUGGCGUGUGAAGGCGGUGACUGUGAGACAAUUUGCCGCGCUAUUAUGGCACUUCCACGCGGCAUGCACUUGUUACUGAAAAUAUAUCUUCAGAAGUGCCGGCUAAGGUGGUUGCGGAUGGCACUCAAUUGCAUGCGGGGGAUGGUGUCCGCGCGUUUCGUGAUGGCCUCACUUGGCUUAACCCCUGUGGAGAGGCACAGCGGUGAGUACGUGCCCGGCGCGGAAGAGAAGGAGGCGGCCUACUUUUGGUUGGAUGGAUCCUUGGAGGAAGCCGAGGAGUCACUCAGGCGAUUCUUCGAGAUGAUUAAAUUUUUGCUUCCCCAACGAUUUUCCUUCAAGGAGGAGAUUCAUCGCGACAUGACGAAGCAGCGCCCUCAAAGCGCAGGAGACACAAAAGUAAAUGAAGAGAAUGUCACCAUGGUUGACGCCGCCGCCUUGUUCAAGUGUGUUGACGCAUACAUCGCCUUCCUUAGUACACGACGUGACGUUGGUCUCGGCAACGCUGAAUAA